AUGGCUUUUUGUUAUGUCAGCGUCACGUGUCCCGAAAAAGUGGCCAUAAACAGUAGGCCGCUGUCCCCGGACUACUUGGGCCCUGCACGCGAUCCUCUUCCUCUCUUUUUCCCCCUUUGGAUCAAAGGAGCUUACAUCAUGGCAUCCUUGGGUGAGGAUUUGCUCGUUACAGUGAACAAGCUCCAGGAUCUAGUGUUCAACACCAUUGGAAAUGACUCCCUAGAUCUGCCCCAAAUCGUCGUAGUUGGUUCGCAAUCAUCCGGAAAAUCAUCGGUCUUGGAAAACAUAGUUGGGAGGGACUUCCUGCCCCGAGGCAGUGGGAUUGUUACUCGGCGGCCGUUGAUUCUUCAGUUGAUCAAUGUCCCCAGUGAGCGCGAUGAUAAGCCCCCGUCCGAUGAGAUUCACAUCCCCCACACGGCCGCGAGUGUUGCCGGUCAACACGAAUGGGCCGAGUUCCACCACCAACCGGGGCGCAAGUUCGAUGACUUUGCGCAAGUGAAGGCUGAGAUCGAAGCCGAAACCGCCAGAAUCGCUGGAAGCAACAAGGGUAUCAACAGACAGCCGAUCAACCUGAAGAUUUUCUCCCCUCAUGUGCUGAACCUGACACUGGUGGAUUUGCCUGGACUGACAAAGGUGCCCAUCGGCGACCAACCCUCCGAUAUCGAGAAGCAAACACGCACCCUGAUCCUGGAAUACAUCGCCAAGCCGAACAGCAUCAUUCUUGCGGUCUCUCCCGCCAACGUGGACUUGGUCAACUCCGAGGCGCUGAAGCUCGCCCGCCAGGUGGAUGCCAUGGGCCGGAGGACCAUCGGUGUUUUGUCAAAAUUGGAUCUGAUGGACCAUGGCACUAACGCGAUGGAUAUUCUGUCUGGACGCGUGUAUCCCUUGAAGCUUGGUUUCAUCGGUGUGGUCAACCGAUCCCAGCAGGAUAUUCAAUCUGGCAAAUCUUUGUCAGAUGCCUUGCGAGCAGAGUCUGAAUUCUUCAGACACCACCCAGCUUACCGCAAUAUGGCCAACCGCUGCGGCACGCACUUCUUGGCCAAGACUCUCAACACAACCCUCAUGUCACACAUUCGAGACCGUCUGCCGGAUAUCAAGGCUCGGUUGAACACACUGAUGGGUCAGACCCAACAGGAGCUAGCUAGCUACGGAAACAAGCAAUUCAGCGGCGAAGAGCACCGUGGCUCACUGAUCCUACAGCAGAUGACUAGAUUUGCCGCCUCGUUCAUCUCAUCCAUCGAUGGAACCUCUUCGGAAAUUUCUACAAAGGAGCUGUGUGGUGGUGCUCGCAUCUACUACAUCUUCAACUCCGUUUUUGGAAACUCUCUUGAAACCAUCGACCCUACUCAUAAUUUGACCGUUUCGGACAUCCGAACGGCCAUUCGCAACUCUACCGGUCCUCGUCCAAGUCUCUUUGUUCCGGAGCUGGCCUUUGAUCUGCUGGUCAAGCCCCAGAUUAAGCUCCUUGAAUCGCCUUCUCAGCGAUGUGUGGAACUGGUCUACGAAGAACUGAUCAAGAUCUGCCACACCUGUGGUAACCAAGAGCUCCUACGGUUCCCCCGUCUCCAGGGAAAGCUGAUUGAGGUUGUAUCCGACCUUCUUCGCGAGCGCCUUGGGCCAUGCUCAAGCUACGUGGAAUCUUUGAUCUCAAUUCAAAGAGCCUACAUUAACACCAACCACCCCAAUUUCCUGGGUGCCGCCGCCGCCAUGUCUUCAAUUAUCCAAAACAAGCAGGAUGAAGAGAGGAAAGCAGUUAUGGCUGAGGAGAAGCGGAAACGUGAUAAGCGCCGUCAGAAGGAACUGGGCGCCCCGAAUGGGACCGGAGGCCCCGAUGAAGAAGAAGAUUCCAAGAGCCUCCCUCUCCGCACCCAGUCAAGCAAGGGUUCUCGGAGCAUGUCACCUCACGUUGGCCGCGCUGGCGAGAACGGCAUUGCUGCCACUUUAAAUGGUGCUCAUUCCAACCAUGCCGGGUUCGGCGUUGGUUCGAACACUGCCCGUGACUCUUUCCUCAACUACUUCUUCGGCAAGGAGGGCACUCAAAACACUGCUCUGCCCCCCGCUGGUGUGAGCUCCCACCGCUCCAACCCAUACCCCAGUGAACCGAGCAUCAGCCAGAGCAUUCGUCGUGCUGAAGUUCGGUCACCUGUGAUACCCGCCGAGGAAUACACUGCCCCUGCGCCAGAAUUUGGUGAUCUCUCUAAUUUCCCCCACGAAAACACCGAGCCUGCACUCACUGACCGUGAAAUGUUGGAAUGCGAGCUCAUCCAGCGUCUUAUCUCAUCAUACUUUGCUAUCGUCCGGGAAACAAUUGCAGACCAAGUCCCCAAGGCAGUCAUGCACCUUCUGGUCAACCAUUGCAAGGAUGUUGUGCAGAACAGACUUGUGAGUGAGCUGUAUAAGGAAGAUCUGUUCAGCGAGCUUCUGUAUGAAGAUGAUGGCAUCAAGGCCGAGAGAGAGAAGUGCGAGAAGCUACUGGAGACAUACAAGGAGGCAGCCAAGAUCGUUGGCGAGGUGUUAUAG